ACUCUCCGUGACGAAUCUGUGGCCACGCCGCCCGUCCCGCCACCGGGAAACCCAUCUCCACCGCAUCGGCCCGCUUGCUCUUGCUCGGCAUCCUCGGCCGGUCUUGCUCUCGGACAGGGUUUCGCCGCGUACACCUAGCCAUGGCCGCCUCGCUGCCACGCCUCUCCCUCCCGCCGACGGCCGCUCUCCCUGCCGUCGCCUCCUCUCGCUACCGCCCCGACCUCGCCCCCGUCCCCAGCCGCCGCCGCCGCCUCGGCCUCCGUCUCCACCGCUCGCCGCUGGCACCUGCAGCUGCCGCGAGCUCGCCGUCCGUUCCGUCUUCUUCACCGGAACCAGGGUCGGGUAUCGGUGAUGCCCUCGGUGGCGUCGCCAUCUUCUCCGCGGCCACCGGCGAGCCCGUCCUGAUCAGGGAUCUGUGGGACCAGAACGAGGGAAUGGCUGUGGUCGCGUUGCUAAGGCAUUUCGGAUGUCCUUGCUGCUGGGAGUUGGCCUUGACGUUGAAAGACGCGAAAGAAAGAUUUGAUUCUGCUGGCGUCAAACUAAUUGCUGUUGGUGUUGGCACUCCUGAUAAAGCCCGUAUACUUGCUGAGCGUUUGCCCUUUCCAUUGGAUUACCUCUACGCAGAUCCUGAGCGCAAGGCUUAUGAUCUCUUGGGCCUAUAUUUUGGUGUUGGUCGCACAUUCUUCAACCCAGCCAGUGUGAAAGUGUUUUCUCGGUUUGAUUCCCUCAAGGAGGCAACAAAGAACUAUACAAUCGAAGCCACCCCAGAUGACAGGCCAAGUGUCCUGCAACAGGGUGGAAUGUUCGUGUUCAAAGGGAAAGAACUGUUAUAUGCGUGGAAGGACGAGGGCACAGGUGAUCAUGCACCAUUAGAUGAUGUCCUGAGCAUCUGCUGUAAAGUUCCAGUAGCCUGAUGUUGAGUCCUAUGAACGGGGUCCGUUCUUACUGCAUAACCGUACUGCGCAGGUGCUUCUCGUACAGACAUUUCAUAAGCUUGGUGGUAUCAGAUGACUUUCGAAAUACUGGAUCCUGAUAUAAAGGUAGCGUCCCCUGCAUGUGUAUGUAUUAAUAUUUUUGACAAACUUUCUAACACCUUGUUAAUUAUAGGAGCUUAGCAGGGUUGGUUUUUGGUAGAUAUAUGUAACUGAUCAUGAACACUGCACAGUGCUCUAAAAUAUAGCGAUACGUUAUCUUCGGCUUGUGUAUUGGCUUUAUUAAUUUAAAGCCGGGUGCUUCUUGGACCUUUCUUCUAAAAAUUUGUAGCAAUACUGUUUCUCAUGGAAUACUGCAUAUAUCCACAAGUGUCCAAUUUCUUGUCGAAUGCUGCAUACCUGCACAUCAUGCGAUUGGGCUGCACAUCAAGGAGGGCAGAUGCAUAGAAUCUCAAAUGGUUAAAACCCUAGCCUCUGACCCACCCACCCCGCGGAGACCAAGGAAGCUGCUACGCUGGAGGCCUGGAGCAAGGUUGCAGCACACCAAACGUGAUACGGCUUUGCUCUUGGUUUCAGAAAUCUUGCCGGAGCUACUACUCUGUAUCUAAAAGGGCGUGUACAAUAAUAUUAUCUUAACGAGUGUCAUAUAUUUUGAUACACUAGUUAAGAC